UACUCUGUGAGAAGACUGUGGAAUUAGUUCCGGAACACUCCAAUUUCUCCCAAGAGAGAGAGAGAGAAUGGAGGAGCAGGAGGUUCCAAGGUUGCGGUGCCAGCGAAUUGGCUGCGAUGCGACCUUCACUGAGGACGAUAAUCCUGAAGGUUCCUGCUGUUACCAUGACUCGGGACCUAUAUUUCAUGAUGGGAUGAAAGAGUGGAGUUGUUGUAAGAGAAGAAGUCACGAUUUCAGCUUAUUUUUGGAAAUUCCAGGAUGUAAGACAGGUAAACACACAACUGAGAAACCAGUGUUAACGACCACUAGUACAAGAAAACAGAUGCCAAUUUAUUCUCCUGCUGUAGUUCCUGCUGCCAAUGCAUCAUCUAAAGAAUCUUGUUCUAGGUGUCGGCAGGGUUUCUUUUGCUCAGAUCACGGUUCACUAGCCAAAGAGUUAAAUUCGAAACCUCCUGUGGAUGGCGAUGCAGUUGGGCAGGGAUCUUUUGCUCCUGUGAAGAAGAUAGUUGACAUAAAUCAGCCUCAAACCUGCAGAAAUAAGGGGUGUGGCAAGAUUUUCAAGGAGAAGGAUAAUCACGAAACUGCUUGCACUUACCAUCCUGGGCCUGCUGUUUUCCAUGACAGGAUGAGAGGGUGGAAGUGCUGUGACAUCCAUGUGAAGGAGUUUGAUGAAUUUAUGAGCAUCCCACCAUGUAGCAAAGGAUGGCACAGUGCUGAUCCAGUGUCCUGAGUGCCAUCACCGGUCAUUGCAAGGAUGAGGAUUCUUACUUCUCCACAAUUGGAAUGAGCUUCCUUAUUUUUGACGUGGAAAACCUUGUCAUCCCAAUUUCAAAAUGGAGAAACCAGAUUUGCACUUGGACUUCAUUUUUUUCCAAGAUUUUGUUGAUUUUAUUCAUGUAGAAUGAAUCAUCAUGGCUGUUUUAACUGUUUAUUGAUACCUUCCCUUUUGUUCAUA